UGCAGUUUUAUUUUUUCUCUAGCCUAAGGUAUCAGGCCUGUGACAUGUGAGCCUUUGAGUUUUCGACGAGAGUGAUCAGGGAACUUACAUUGAUUUAGUUUAUUUUUUAAUUUCGUCUCGGUACUUCAAUAAACACUUAACACUCCAGCUCAAGAACCCGUUCGUAUGUUUCUUGGUUUUAUAUUUUGAGAACUAGUUAUUGUUUUAAAUGCACUUGUUUUGAGUCAACUUCCUUUUAAUCGAAUCAACAACUCUUGCAGUAAAUAAAAAACAAAAUAAAAAUGGACAGCUAAAUCACUAGGAAAUAGAAUUUAUUAUUAUGAGAAAGAAGACAAAUAUACAGUAUUUUGACGAAGCAGUGCGAUUGAAUUUAUAUAGCUUACAGUAAAUUUAUAUCAAUAAUAAUGACAAAUCCAAAUAUGAUGGGUUAAUUUUUACAUAUAUAAGAAUUUUUAUAAUUUGACGAGCACGAGGAAUAUUGUAUAACUAUGCAUACAACUUGAUGUUAAUGAUAACUUUCAAAACUAAAAUUUAAAUAAUUAAUUGCUAACAAAUUGACAAAAAUAUAAUAAUACGCAUAUAUAACUGGAGAAAAUUAAACCUUAAUUGUUAAACCUAAUUAGAAGAAGCUCUAGCAACCAUUGGGCAACAUUUGUGUGAACUUAUUCAGCGACAAGAGGAUGUCACUGAGCUCCCCAACAAUGCUACCGACAAUUACCAAUCAUCUUCCAAAGGAACCCCUUCCAAAUGAUUUGUUGAUAUAUAUCACACAUUAUACUCAAUUUAAUAUUAUGGAAAACUGAAAACAUACAUACAUAGUUAUAGAAUAAAAUACAUGUCUCCGCGUUCAACAAGAAAAUUUGGAUCAGGACUUUCCAAGAAUCAAGCCCAGAACAUACCCGGGCAGCGAAAUUCAAAAUAUUUUUGUUUUGUCAGACAUGUAUGCCGAAAAACGUUCAAGCAUACGUAGAAAAGGUAUAUCUGUCUUAUCUGGCUCAACUGUACUAUCAACCGAAACAGCCUCUAGAAAAAUUGACAGCGAUAUUUUGCCUGCGAGUAAUAAUGACAACAAUUUAGCGACGAAAUCGAAGAAUCAACCACACCACCAACGAGUCGUCUUACCUGGAACGGGAACUGCUAAUAGUACUAUAACUAGUGCACGUCGUCCUAAUUUGGUUAGUCGUGAUUUGGAAUUUCUGGCUCAUAACACAUUACCCUUGAGUCGUACGAUUACAAACAGCAGCAUAUGGUCUACAACACCCUCUAGUGGCAUAAACACAACAAAAAACGUUCAUCAAAGAAACAGCGGGCUUUGUUCCAAUAACAACAAUAGCAUCAAAUUUCAAUUUAAUUCCAAGGGGUUGCUACGGCAAAGGAAAAAUAGUACAGUGAGUUUUGGAUCAAAUCAAUGCCAUCCGGCAUCAUCUAUUUCUUCAUCAAUAACAAACCCACAGCAGCCAAACUUUCAAGUUGGACAAUCAUCAUCAGUAGAAGACACCGAACGCACUUCGGAUCAACAUCAACAACAAAGUUCACAACACCAUCAUUCAGAGCACAUAAAUAAUUUUGUAUACUUUGAAAAACAAAAAAGCAAUUCAUCUUUGCUACCAUCGACAAGUGGUAUUCUUUCAGUAGCAUUUGCUACAGUCAGCUCGUUAAAAAAUUCAACAAGCCAUAAGCCAACAGCCGCCAUAACGGGGAAUUUGUUGAGCCGAGUUUUAUUGGAAUUCUCUUCGGCGACCCGAUCAAUUGCUAAUACCAACGAUAAUCUAAGUAAUAGUGUUGCUAGCACAACUGCUUCAAUUAGUAGUGUAGGUACCACAAUAUCGAUUGGUAGUGAGGCCGCUGAAGAAUCAUCCAAUAAUUUGAAUUCUGUUUUAAGAACUGAAAGUGAAAUAAACAAUCAACCAAUAUUGAAUGGGGUUAGGGAAUUCAAUCUUAAUAAUAAUUACAACAACUAUAUUUAUACCCAACAACAGCUACACCAUCAAGUACAUCAUAGCAAAAGCAAUAAAACCUCUCCAGUUAAAUUAGUUCAAAGACAGAAUUCUGUGCCUUCAAGAGGCAGCAUUAGUUGUGGGGGGGGAGGCAACACAGUGAAAAGUACCAUUGACUUACGUUCCAAGGUGAGGUCCACAACUUUAGAAUCUAGUGGUGGUAAUAGCAAUCCAAAUUCCUCAUCAACAAAUGCAUCAAAUCUUAGGCUUUCCGAAGAAAAAAAAUCUGUAAGCAGUCGUAGGACUCUUUCAGAACAGUUUUCAUCAAACGAAUGUGGUUCUUCGUCACGUAAAAUUGAUGUAAAACACGUCUCUGGUAAAUUUGCACCAAAAAAAAAUCAGGAUAUGUUUCAAGAUAAAAAAGCCAAAGAAAAAAACUGCGCCUUAUCUAUAGGGGGAGGGGACCUAAAACGAAGUGAAGAUGAUAAUACUGUCAGUAGAUGUGAUGAUUCAAAAUGUGCCGUCACACUAUUGCCACCUAAAGUUUUAUCAACAAAUGUGCCAAAAACUAUUUCAGAUACAGCCGUAACCCAAGAUCUAACAUUAAUUACAGCUCGAACAUCAACUGAAACCACACCAACAAAAAAAAACAAUGUUAAAUCGGAUACCGUUUUAAAAGUCUUUCCAUCUAGAACUAGUUGUUGUAAAGAUGUCAGUGAUGAAGUAAAAGAUGGUAACAUUGGUGGUGGUAAUACCAACAUACCCACCACUGCUAGCAGUGAUGACGCAUUUAGUGAUAAAACUUCCCUCGUUCCUAUGCCAAUGUUGAAGCCUCCUUCUUCAAGCUUAGCUGUUACAACAUCUUCAGCGGCAACGUCAACGGCCGUAGAAAUAUUUCGUCCAAACAAUCGUUUUGUACGAAAGUCAGUCGAUAACAAUUUUUCGCAAUUCUCGAAAGGUGGAAAUUUUUUCUUAGACUCAGCUGAUAUUGAGACAGAAUUUCCAAGGGACUACGAUGACAAUAUUGAAAUAUUAUCACGUGAAGCUGAACACUUGGAGGAGCAGUUUCAUAAGGUGGGAGAGUCUGACAGUCUUUCAUUCGAAGAUCCGGAUAGAAUUCCCGAAGAUCGACUGAAAAAACAAAGCAAGCCCUUAGACGAUGAGGACGACGAACCAAUUGGAAUGUCACCGUGUGGUCGAUUUUUCAAAUACGACAAAGAAGUUGGAAGGGGUUCAUUUAAGACUGUGUUUCGUGGUUUAGAUACGCAAACUGGAGUUGCAGUAGCUUGGUGUGAAUUAUUAGAUAAAAAAGUAAAUAAGGCUGAACGUAAUCGUUUUCGUGAAGAAGCUGAAAUGCUUAAAAAACUACAACAUCCGAAUAUUGUUCGGUUUUACAAUUACUGGGAGGCAAAUGUAGGAAAAAGAAAAAAUAUAGUUCUAGUCACUGAAUUGAUGCUUUCAGGAACACUAAAAGCAUAUUUGCGACGAUUUAAGAAAAUAAAUCCAAAAGUUUUAAAAUCAUGGUGCCGUCAAAUUUUGAAAGGCUUACAUUUCCUACACUCUCGCACACCGUCUAUAAUACAUCGUGAUUUAAAAUGUGAUAAUAUAUUUAUAACUGGUACAACUGGUAGUGUAAAAAUCGGAGAUUUAGGUUUGGCCACCUUAAAAAAUCGUAGUUUUGCUAAGUCCGUGAUUGGUACACCGGAAUUUAUGGCACCCGAGAUGUACGAAGAACAUUAUGACGAGGCUGUAGAUGUUUAUGCGUUUGGUAUGUGCAUGUUGGAAAUGGCAAUAUCCGAAUACCCAUACAAUGAAUGUUCAGGGCCAGCUCAGAUUUAUAAAAAAGUUAUAUCCGGAAUAAAACCGGCUAGUUUUGACAAAGUUGAGAACCCAAAGGUUCGUGACAUUAUCGAAAGAUGCAUUCAAUUAAAGAAAGAAGAUCGGCCGAGCUGCAAAGAUCUAUUAAAUUCAGAAUUUUUCGGUGAAGAUAUUGGAAUUCGAUUGGAGCCAACAACAACGGAAGUUUUUCUUAAUAAUCCAGAUAGGAAUGAUAUUGAAUUUCGGUUGAGGUUAAUAGAUCCAAAAAAGAGAUCCUUUAAACACAAAGAAAACGAAGCAAUUCAAUUUGAAUUUGAUAUAAAAAAUGAUGAUUGCGAAGCUGUUUGUAUGGAUAUGUGUAAGGCUGGUAUAUUGAGUGAGGAAGACUCUCGGGCUGUAGUAAAAAUGCUGAAAGUUCAGAUUGUCUCUUUGCAAAAGGAACGCAAGCAGAGGCAAACUCAAUUGCAGCUGCAAAACGAGAAAUCAAGACUUGAAAAAUUGGCACUUAUUGCCCAGAGGGAAAUGUAUGAGAAACAAUGGGGAAACAAUGAAGUCAUGCAUAUAGAAGAAGAAGACGAGUACGAUGAAGAUGAUGGCUAUGGAGGGGCGGCAAAUGCACCAACAAUUGUUGUAGAUUGCGAAGAACAACAAGAAGGCAAUUGUGAUACUGUUGCUGGGCAGCGUAUAGCAGAUGAAGUUGGUUCCUUAAUUACCAAGGAACAGUAUGGCCUACCUCCUGUAGGCAAGAUUUUUGAUAAAACAGAUACGGUAAAUGCCAUCGAACAUGAUAAAAAUCAAAAAACAAUAAUUUCUGAUGGACAGAAUCAACCUCAUAUGCAGAACCUAGCAAGCAUUCGUCAACACCAGGAAUCCGAACAAAGCCAGUAUUUGGAAAUGAAACAUCAACAAUCACAACAGGAACAACAAGAGCAACUACAAAAACAAAAAUCACAACAUGAACAACAACAACCAUCACAACAGGAACAAAUACAGCAACUUCAACAGGGACAUCAACAACAAAUACAACAUGAACAACCAGAGCAUCCAGAAGAAAAGCAAAAACUGCUAUUGAUGCAACGAGAAAAUGAGCAACAAGAAUUUCAACAAGAGAAACAGCAACAUAUAAUCCAACACCAUCAAACACAACAACAAUCCCAACAGCAUGCACAACAAAUAACACAGCAACAACAACCACAACAGUUAAUACAAAUACCACAAUUAGUAUCACAUCAACAGCAACCAUUAACACAACACCAACAACAACAAUUAACGCAACAAAUACAAAUUCAUCAUCAACAACAACAAGCACAACAAAUACAAAUACAUCAUCUUCAACAACAAACACAACAACAACAUCACCAACAACUACUUCAACAACAAACACAUCAGCAACAAGCACAACAACAACAAACACCACAACAGCAAACACAACAACAGCAAACACAACAGCUACAAACACAACACCAAACACAACCACAACAACAACAAACACAAUCAUUACACCAACAAUCACAACAACAAUAUCAGGAACAAAAAAACCAAAUGCAACAGCAAUUUCACCAUUCACACCAGCAACAUGAGACCCAACAACAAGUAGCACAGCAGCAUCUACAACCACAACCUAACCAAUAUGCAGAGCAACAACAAACCCAAAUCUAUAUUCAACAGCAAAAUCAACAUCUUCAACAACCGCAACAACAACUACUACAACUGCAACAGUCACAACAACAUCAAUACCAACAACAACCAGGACAAAACCAACAACAUCAACUCACACAACAGCAUCUUUUCCAACAACAACAACAAUAUCAACAACAGCCUCAUCAACAAUCACAACAUCACCAACAAAUACAACAACAACAACUUCAGCACCAACAACAACAGUCAAACCCAAUGCAGCAUCACGAAAAACAGCAACAUGCACAACAAAUUCAACCGCAACAACAAGUACAACCGCAGCAACUACAACAGCAGCAACAACAACAACUACAACAGCAGCAGCAACAACAACAACUACAACAGCAGCAACAACAACUAAAACAACAGCAGCAACAACAACAACUACAACAGCAACAAAAGCAGCAACAACAACAACCGCUUCAACAACAACAACAACCGCUUCAACAACAACAACAACAACCGCUUCAACAACAACAACAACAGCAGCAGCAGCAACAACAACUACAACAACAACAGCUACAGCAACAACAGCUACAACAGCAGCAACAACAACAGCAACUUCAGCAACAACAGCAGCAGCAGCAACAACAACAACAACAACAGCAACAACAUCAAAAACAGCAUCAAUACCAGCUGAACCAACAACAAUUUCAACAGCAACAAUUUCAAAAGCAGCAGCACCAAGUUCAAGAACAACAAAAUCUAACCCAGCAGUUUUCAACACAUCUUCACCAACAACAACUACUAUUAAUACAACAACAACAACAUCUACAAAUGCAACACCAACAACAAGCGCAGCAUCAACAAAACAUAUUUCAUCAACCACAGCAGGAGCAACGACAAGAGACACAACAACCACUGGAUAAGCAACAACAGCUUCAACAACAAAAAUUAGUUAUUCUGCAACAAUCGCAAGACGAACAGCAACAACAGCUUAAGUUGGAAGAACAACAUCAACAACAUUUAUACCAACUAACACAGAUACAGGAUGAUAAAAAACACCUUACAUCAGCACAAAAUACGUAUCAGCAACAUCAGUUAGUAUAUGGUCAAGACUGUACAUCUGUUGCUGCACAACAAGCUCCGCAAAACGUAUCGACACCACCUCAACAACAGCAGCAAAUUCAACAUCCCAACUUAAACCAACAGCAAAUAGCACAAACUUCGAAUGUUUGUGAACAAGCUAAUUACUCUAACCAAGCUACCAUAUGUGAUGCCCAACAACAAUCUACGCAAAAUAAUAAAAACCAACAGCAGCAACAAUUACAUCCAAAACAGCAGCAACAACCUAAUGAAAGCGUACAACAACUGAUUGAUCAAGGAUCAUCUGAACUCGAGCAACACGUCCAACAACCAAAUAAUUCACAGCAUGCUCUGCAAUCUGUAGUGCCUUCAUUGCAUCCAAAAGAACAAGCUGACCCAACAAUUUAUCAACAAAAGGAAGUUCUUCAUAAUGAUUUUCAAAGCAAUAUUCACCAGCCACAAGUUAAUCGUCAAACUACUCAAGCAAUUCCCCAGAAUGUUCAGCAGCAAGAAUCAGAAAAUGCCACACAUCAUCUAAUAAAGCAGUCACAAAUACAAAAACAGCACAGAACUCCAGCUUCUUCACCAACAUUACCUAAUAACUUUGUUUCCCAACAAAAGCCUAGAACAAGCAAAACAAAACGUACUAAUCGUGGUGCAGAAAGAAUUCCCAAAUUGAGUGUGACUAAUAUAGAAAAUGGUACAGUAGUGGAUUGUCAUAUGGAGAACAAACCAAAAACCAUCACUUUUAAGUUUGAUAUCAGCGAUGUUAACCCAAUUGAUGUCGCUAACAAUUUGAUAUCACAAGAUCUGUUGGCUCAAAGUCAGAGCACCGUCUUUGUUGAAAUGAUUAACGAUAUUGUACGUCAAGUAAAACAGAACCCUACACAAAUUCCAGUGCCUACCACCUUCCGUCGAAAUAUUGAAAAAGUACGACAUGCGUCCCUGACACGCCAGCGAUCCAUAUUUAGAACACAUCAAAGGCAUCGUUCAGUCUUAUUUUCUCUUGCUUUUGGAUAUAAAUCAAACCAAAAACAAAAGCGUGAUGAAACUUCUUCUGAUUUGUGCAAAAUGUUUGACUCGCCUAUAAAUUCUAUGGAGCCAGCACUAUCAUCGUCCUUUGGAAACCUUAUGUCCAGCCACCAACGAUUAAAUAUUUUAGCUGCAAUUGACAAACAACAGAGUGGUCACUAUCAACAGUCUGAUGCACAUCAGCAAUUACGUCAAUAUACAGAAGCAGGGCCUGCGGCUGAAAUUGACUUGACUAUAAAACCAUCUGAAACUUUGUGUUCCCAAUCGGAACAACAUGGACCUUCUUAUGCUAAAACAACUACGACACCUACUGUUCGAGGAGAUUCAGCAUCAUCUACACGUGCACGUGACGACGAUGCUUUUAUAACUGUUGGUGACCUGGUUCAAGGCGAGUCUGGUAUAGUAAUAGAUUUUGGCUCGUCACCACCACCCCAAAUAUCCUUAUCCAGAGGAGAAGGAACGUCAGAGGUAAAUUAUAGUGAGAAUGUAAUCGGAUCACGCCCUGCUUCACGAAAAACAAGCACAGCUUCUGAGUAUACUUCAUUUUCGUCUGAUUAUACUCCGGAUAAUACAUUAACAUCUUCAUCUUCACCUUCCACUAUCGAACAAGGCCACAUGCAGUCAACAGAGCCAGAAGGAGAUGUCAGCAGCGGGGGAAACUGUUAUAGUGGAGGUGGAGUCGAAUUGGUUCUAGAUUUUCAGCAAAUCUCGUCAGGUGGUACUAUUAGCACUGAUGUCGAUAUUCUUGAAGCUGGUUCACUUGAUGAUGCGACCCCAAAUGGAGACAAUGACUUAACUCUCGACGAGGAACUGCAAGAUCAAGCAUUGCCUACCAGCACUAACCAAUGUCAAUCUUGUGAAAAGGUUGAAGAACCAAAUGAAAUAAGCGGAGGAAUAAAAGAUAUUCCUGCUGCUAACAUUCAACCUCACUCCCACCAGCAAGAACAACAGACAACGUACCCAAAAGGACGAAAAAUUUCAAGAUUUUUAGUUAAUCCUGUUAUCGCGACAUCAUUACAAUCUGAUGCAAUCGAAGUAUUAGCAUAUAAAUCGGAUAUCAUUCCCACUGAACAAGAGACAAAUCAGAAGGAAACAGAAACUCACACUACGGCUGCAAUGCCUGCUCAGAUACAAAACCAUGCUGCUUCUACCCCAGUUGUACAACUACAGAAUAUUUCACAACCUUCAAAUUUCCUAAAUACAACUCAAACUCUAAAUCCAACUAAUGUCCUUGCUUCACAACAGUUGCAACUCACUGUGAAUCCAUCGCAUCAACAAUUUCAAGAUAAAGCUCAGAUUCAAAUGAAAACUGAAAUUCCAGUACAACAACAAGGUUUUUUCCACCAGCCUUUAGAUACUGCAAUUACACAGCAAGACCAAGAUCCUUUAGCUUCCUUUCAGGUAUUGCAAAAUUAUGCACCAGAAAUGGUUCAAACUCAACAGAGUGACCUGCCAGAAUAUCAACCAUAUACGCAACACACCGAAGUCAAAUUGUUUGAUCCCCCUUCGAUUCAAGCGCAAAAUAUAGGUCAAUCCUACGAUCCUCCAAAAUCAUCACAGCCCAUAGUUUUAGCUAAGUCCUCGGCUGGGACAGAAUCAUCGACGACAAAUACAUUGGAACAGUUGAAAAUUGGUCUGGAAAAUAUUACACAUGCACAUGUUGCUACCAUUAAGUCUAAUUCCUCUUUGCAACACAAUCAAAUUCAAACUCAACAAAUUCAACAGCACCAUCAAAUCCAAACACAAAUGUCAUCACCUGAAGAUAAUCAAUUUAGUGGUCGAGGUGUAUCAUUACAAACUUCUGUAGUUUCACCAGAUUCAGUUCUACUGAAGCAGCAACAACAGGUUUUAGAAUCGGAAUCAAUAGCAGAGCAAUUCAACAAUACCGCACUUCAACUUUCACAUAAGAUAUUGGAUCAAGCAGAGGUGAUAACAUGGCAGCGAGAAUGUGACCAACAACAACUAGGACAACAACAAAAUAAAAGACAUGAAAACCAACAAAUUGAAAAAGAAUUAGAACUGCCAGUAGACUGCUUAAACAAAGAAGAACACCAGCAACUUAUAGGACAAGGACAAAAACAAGACCAAACAAAAUUAGAAGAGCUAGAUCAAAAUAACGAACAAUAUCAACGAGUAUUGGAAUAUGAACAAGAACAUAAUGAAAAACAAGAACAAGAAGAAAAUGAAUUACAAGAUCAGGGACAAGAAAAAGAAGUACAACGAGGAAAAGAUCAAGAACAAGAAUGGGAACUUAAAAACGAACUUCAAAGAGGAAUAAAGCAAGAAAAUUUGAAUCUGGGACCUGGCCAAGAACUGAAUGCAGACUUAGAAAUCCAAGUGCAACAAAAUCAAGAACAACCAAUUGUUCAAGAUCUGCAAAAACAACCACAACAAACACAAGAAAAACAGCAAGCAGUAAACAAUAAUGUGCAACAGCAAUCCUCACAGCAACAAUAUCAGCAUUUUCCAAUGCAACAACAUCAUCAGCAAUAUCAACUUAAACAACCACAAGAACAACAGCAACAACAAGAAGAACAGCAACACUACCAACAGCAACAUGGGCAAAAACCCCAGCAACCAAUCCAACCACAACAGUAUGUGCAAGUUCAAUAUUUACAACAAUAUUAUCCACAACAAUCAUCGCCUGUUGGUUUUAGCACUCCAACAGGCGUGACAUCAUCAUCAGCUCGGGGAUCAUCAGUUUACAAUUCUCGUCGUACUUCAGUCGAUAAUAGUGGUUCUGAUUUUUCUAAUAUUCCUACGAAUAUUAUUGAAGGUAUUGAAGCAGACUAUGAAAUUCCCUCUUCAACUGAUGGAGGAAAAGAAGUAGAUCUAAAUUUAGCACAAGGCGGUUACGACGGUUCAAAUGUUCCAACUCCAAACGAAAUGAAUUCAGACCAACAGUUUAAGCUAUCUAAGCAAAGAAGUCUGGAGAAAACCGAAGCAAUUCCAUUUGGAACAAUAAAUUCCAGUUCGCUUGCUGAUCUUGAGAAAAAGUUAGCAUUGCUAACCAAUUCUAGUGUUGGUGUUGUUAAUCAAUGUGCAACAACAGACGUUAAAGAGAUUCCACAAAAAACAUCAACACCCGCAGGAUUAUCCAGUGAAAUAUCAGAAAAGCCAAUAAACACACGAAAGGUGUCUCGUUUUCGUGUUAGUAUUGUCUCAGAGGCACAACCUAAAUUAACAAUUAAUGAAAGUGUUUCGGCACCAGCAUCUCAGAAAGUUUCUCAAACGGCCCCAACUCAAGUACAUAGUGCAAAACAAGAGUAUACACAGCAUGAACAGCAACAAAAAGAAAUUCAAUUGCAAAAAAUGCAACACGAUCUUCAAAAAUCAACUCAACCAAUUCAAAUCUUACAAACACAAACAAAACAAGAUUCCCAGCAGGACACCACACAACAACGAACAGAAAUGACAAUGCAGCAACAUGUGCAUCAAGCUCAGCAAAGUAGUUUGCAACAACAAUAUUUGCAACAAUCAUUAACUGGACUGCACAUUGACAUGACAAAUAUCAAUCAAUCACCACAGCAAUUUGGAGGUCCAUCACGAAGCAGUGUCCCUAAUACACCUUCCAAAGAGUACAUAACUUUCGUAAGUGGGCAAAGAUUACCGUCGCAACAGUUUCAUCCUUCGCAACAGCAACAUAACAUUGGCGAUAUUAUGCCAAAGCAAAUGCAAUCACAUCCGCAACAACAUCAAGGAACAGCGCAAACUAAUGAUAACAUAGCGUAUGAUGCUAAAAAGCCCACGGUAGAGAACGUAAAUAUUUUGCCAGUGCGCAUUGCAUCCGAGGAACAACUUUCUUUGGCAGCAACAAACCCAUCUAUGCUUCCGUCUGUGAUACAAUCGAAAAAACAUGUGAUACAGCAUUUUGAAGUACCCAACGAUAAUGUUGGACAAUCUGGAGGAUCAAUCCUAGUUAAUGAAACAGUGAGACCAAUAUCAUCAUCUUCGUCCACAUCUUUAAUAGGAGCAUAUGCAACCGCACAACACCAAAAAAAUACAUUUUCACCGAUUAGAACUCCAUUCCCUCCAAAUAAAAUUGUAUUGGGAUGUAAAACGAGAACCCUUUCGCAAUCUUUGCAGCAGAUCUUCCAAUCUCCGUCGGGGUCGAUUCAAAACAUUCCACAGGUUGCUAAAAAUUCAAGCAGUUGUGCUCUGACUAGUCAGUUUUCAAAAAUGCCCAAUCCGAUUGUGUCAACAGCAAAGCAAUUGAUCGCGGGAAUAGACCAACCAAGAAAAAGACGUAAUAGUAUAAUGGGCUUUGCCCCUCAGAUAAAUGUUUGCCAAAAAAAACAACAGCCAGAAUAUAUAAGGACAAACUUAAAUAAAAGUAAAUCAUCCCAACCACUGCAAUUAAAUAUUCUCGAUCACUAUUGCCGUGAAAAAAAUAUAAAAUCGGAAAACUUGGCGAAAAAAUUCAGGUCAAGGAUUGGUUGCGAUUGUUUUCAACAAGCUAAGCAAAAAUUGAGGAUUAGAAAAAAAAAUUAUUUACGUUCAAAUAGUGACGACGACGGUGGAUAUCAGUUUAAAACUUUUUUGGGUAUUUCACAAGGAAUCUGCGAAGAAUCGCCAAAUCAAUUUGCACGCAGCGCUUCGGAUAUUUUCGUUCCAUACAGCUCUAUUGAAAGAACACAUAGAAGCCAGGCCAAAAGAAAAUGUUUAAUUAAACGAAGUACUAGGGAAAAUAAAUAUCAACAUCACAAUAUACCUGGUGCUUCUGUACUAUGUAAAAAUAUUGUGAAUCGGAUGAAGACUGCAAGCUUAAGCCUAGACAAUUUAAAAAACAGUUCAAAUCCGCGAUUAGCUUCGCGUUCUAUUCUCAGUACAGCUCAGCUCAUGCAACACACACGUCAUAAUUUUAGCCUGCCAAGUCUGCGGAAAAACCAUUGUUAUUCCGAUCAAAACUAUCAAACUUACCAUGGAUUGUCUUCUAAUUUUGGAACAUUUACGAGAAACCAAAACAUUAGUAAAUCAGAAGACAAUUUUAUUGCGUAUAGUGACAUGGAAAUGAUUCGCCCUCAAUAUAAUCGCUACAACGCAACUGGAAGUAGUGAUGGUAGUGACAUAUCUUUGAGUACAAACGACGAGUUGAUUAUAAAUGACGAUGAUGAGGAAGAUCAUAGCUACCUGAGUGGUGACGAUUUCGAUAACUCAUCCAAUUCCACAUCGUCGUCUGUUAAAUCGCCUUCUUUGAAUUCGAACGAAUCUUCAGAGUUUUUUUUUCAUAAUUCAUAUUCAAUGAAUAAUUUUACUAAAUGCUUACCAACCGAAUUAUCAGAUCCUGUAGCCACUCAUGAAGCUGCAAUUUCAGCAGAAAAUGUUGUUUCCCCGCAAAUUUCUCAAAGCCUAGCAAACACCUUCCAAAAACAGCCAAUAUUACAUCAUCCAUACCCACAAUCACCACAAUCGACUUCCAUAAUUUUUCAUCAACCAAAAUUUCAUCAUCAUACUCCUACAAUGAGCCCCUUGCAGUUGAAGCAAAUAGCUGGGUCCUUCAGCAACAAUUCCAAUCAACCGUCACCUAUUUUACAACCACAUUUCACAUGUAUGGCGAAUGUAUUGAAUAAUUGCAUUGGCCCACUGGAUAUUAAACAUAAUCUUGAUACUGCUCGCAAUCACUUAUGCGGCAUAAGAUUGGAAACAAAUGUACGACAACGAUUGCUUCUCUUAUUACAACGUCAACACAUCGAAGAAGAUGAAUUGAGAUUAAAGCAUUUUGUUGAGUUGGAGAAAUUUCAAAAAACCCUUAGGGCAACUUACCAUAAUAAUGAAAACAACGAAGGUUACAUUAUGCAACACACACCGCCAACAUCGCAACAUCAACCGCCGACUCCAUCCUCUGCAACACAUGUAGAACAAGGCAGUGUGGAUUCAAUUCAAACGCAAUCCAAUCAGCAGUAUCAACAACAACAAACACCAAGUCAACAUAGUUGCUAUUCAGAGAAAGAUUUAAUAGCUCAACAGCAUCAAAUGAUGUUUGUCAGACAAAUUCCACAAGCCGCAUACGCCGUCUAUGGGCAACAACUGUCCCAAACUUCAUCAUCACCAUCCCAAUUAAAUACGUUUCCUAGCCAGCCGCCAUCCGGCUCAAUGCAGGGUAUUACUAUUCCUAACAAUAGUUUUAAAAGUGGAAGUCCUUCCGUCCAACAACAUUAUUCAAGUUCAUUGAAUGUUGGACAGAAUUUCGGAGUAAGUACAAACUACACAAACACCAUACCACCAUUGUCAUCGGCUAAUGCUAGUAAUAUGCCAAAUCAACUCCAAUUUUGUGAUCAGAAUCUAUAUCAACAGCAACAAACGUUGCAAAAUAUAACAAAACUAAAAGAACAACUAUUAACACAGGUCAAACAACAACAAAUGCCACCGUCUCAACAACAAAUCACACCCCAACAACAACUUCAUUAUCAUUACUCAACGGCGCCAGCCACAGCUCUGACAAUAACGGCUCCGGUAUCUGUUACAAAUUCAAAUACAGCUCAAGGAAGUUUUGUUUAUUAUGAUGCUGCACAGCAUAAAAUAUUGCAACCGUCAAUGCAACAGCAACCUCAAUCACUCCAACAAAAACAACUACAAAAUGAACAUCAAGUUUCACAUCAGCAGCUUGUAGACCAACAGGAAAGGCAACAAUCUGCACCACUUGAUGUUGGAAUGUUUCCCUUAGUUGAUCAAUUUCAAGAGCCACAACAGCAACAGCAGCAACAACAGCAACAGCAGCAACAACAGCAACAGCAGCAACAACAGCAACAGCAACAACAACAGCAGCAACAACAGCAACAGCAGCAACAAUAUCUCACAAAACAAAUUGAAGGAAAUCAGCCGUCUGGCUUAGCACUAAACAGCUCGGAGCAAAUAUCACCCAUUACGUCAAACAACUAAAAUAAUGCAUUAGAAAUAUGCGUGUCAGAAGUUCACGAAGUUUAAUUCCUCACAUUCUUUUAUUUUGUUUCGCAAUUUUACGCAUGGAGAUAUUAUAUGUAGCUGCUGACUUGCGGUUUUUUGUUUUGACAUGUGAAUUAUGUAUUUUUAAAAUACAAACAUAUCGUUUGUACAAUAAAACAUGGCUAUUUGUAUUCAGUUAUAUUAAAAUAAAUAUAUUCGCUUUAUAGAUUCCUCAUCGUUCCAUACCUUCAUCCUCACACGCUACAAACAUUGUAAACAUUAAAAGAAGAAGUGUACAUCUACUUGUACACAUAAGAUAUAAUACUAUAAUUGUUAAUCUGAAGAAUAAAAGUUAUGUUUAUAAAUAAAAACGGAAAAAAAAUCAAAAUGAUACAAUAUUAAAAAUUUUACAUUAUGUGGAUUCAAACACAACAUCGAUAUUUAUAUUAUUUCUAUCUUAAACAAAAUUAUAACCACACACAAAGAAUAAUCCAGUUUUGCUGUUUGUUUAAAAAAUAAACAUUUUUUUUUGCCAUACAUUUUAGUUAUAUUGAUGCGCAGUAGUAUUAUAUUUAUCUCUUUUAAAUUUUAAUUUAAAUGAUACACACAAAUAAAUAUGUUACUCCAGAAACCAUCAUUAUCUUAAUCAAGGUGUUUUUAUUAAAAAAAAUAAUAAUUUAAAAUUAAAUAUAAGCAAAAUGACGAAAAACAAUACUUUAAGAUUUUGGCAAAAUAUUUCUUUCCAUCACUAUUAUCAUGAUAUGUAAAAUGCAAUUGUAUGUAUAAAAAAAAAUAUAUAAUUAUAUAUAUAAAUGUCAUAUAUAUGUUGUAAAAUAAAUUAAUUUGUAAUUAAAAGCUUAGUUUAAGUAAAAAUAGCAAUACAUAUGGGUGUAUAUAUAUGGAUGCAUAUAUAUAUACAUAAAUACAGGUAUAUAUAUAUACAUACAUAUAUGUAUAUAUAUAUACACAUAUGUUUAUAUAUAAAUGCACACAUAUAUAUAAUAUUCUUUUAAUUCCCUAUUCUUCCUUUUUUUCAUGGUGAUGUUAAUUAAAUUAGCCCCUAAAAUAAGUAAGAGAACAAAAAUCAUCCUUAAUUGAAACCAAUAAGUAAAUAAAACUAAGAAAUAUUUUAUUUUACUACAAAAUCAUCCAUAAAAAUACACAGUUUUAAGAAUGCCAAUAAAUUAAAACUAAACUAAAUUCA